AUGGAUACUGCUGGGGACUGGUGCUUAAUAGAAAGUGAUCCUGGAGUAUUCACUCAAUUGAUCCGGAAAUUUGGUGCCAAAGGAGUACAAGUAGAAGAAUUGUGGACUAUAGAAGAUGGAAUUUUUGAAAGUUUAAGACCAGUACAUGGACUCAUAUUUCUCUUUAAAUUUAUUCAACAUGAAGAUCCGUCUGGACCUGUUGUGACAGACAAUCGCCUUGAUAAAAUCUAUUUUGCAAAACAGGUGAUAAAUAACGCGUGCGCGACACAGGCUGUCGUUAGUAUUUUGCUGAACUGUAAUCAUCCUGAUGUAGAACUCGGCCAAGAGUUGACGAAACUAAAAGAGUUCAGUAUGUCAUUUGACCCCAAAAUGAGAGGGUUGACUCUCAGCAAUUCCCAGACUAUUCGUGCUGCACACAAUUCUAUGACAAAUCAAACUCUUUUUGAGUUUGACCCAAAAGCAGCUAGCAAGGAGGAUGAUGCGUACCACUUUGUAGGCUAUAUGCCGAUUGAUGGACGUCUUUAUGAACUUGAUGGGCUUAGAGAAGGCCCCAUUGAUCAUGGCCCGAUUGCUCCUGAACAAGAUUGGCUAGAUGUCGUCAGACCUAUAAUCAUGAAGAGGAUUAAUGUGUACACCGAAGGUGAGAUACACUUCAAUCUGAUGGCCAUAGUAUCCGACAGAAAAAUGAUAUACGAACGCCAAUUGGAAGAACUCUUAAAUGCAUCUCAGAUGCUUGGUAUGGAGACUGAUGAAUUCGAAACAGAAAUACCGAGGUUACGUAUGUUGAUAGAAUACGAGGACGUCAAAAUGGCUCGGUAUCAACAGGAAAUGGCCCGUAGGCGUCAUAAUUAUCUACCAUUUAUUGUAGUGUUGCUGAGGAUACUAGCAGAAGAAAAGAAACUGAUGCCUUUGUAUGAGAAAGCUAAAGAGCGUGCAUCGAAGAGAGGCCCGAAGAAAAUGAAAGUAUAA